UUUGUAGCGAUUGAUCAAAAAGAUAUUGGUAAAGUUGCACUCAGAUUGUAUAGCAUUAAAAUUAAUUCUGCACUAUGUGAAUGCCUUUUCUCUCAAAUGGGUUGGUUUCAUAAUCCAAAACGCACUCACCUCAAGUUACAAACAAUCUUUAGAAUGACUCAAGUCACAGCCAAGAUGGCAUGGGAGGACCAUUUAAAUAAUGCUGAAGAAGUUCGCAAAACUGUAAUCGCAAAUUAUAUUACUGGUUCAAAUGAUAGUAAAGCAUCAUCAUCUAAUCAAUCAGAAUCAAAUAUCAAACCAAGCAAUAAAACAAAUGCACUUAACCUUAGCGAAAAUGAACACAUUCCACUAUUUGAUGAUAUUGAAAUGCCUAAUAAUGAUGAUUCUGAUACCAAUGAUUAUAAUAGCGAUGAUUGUGAUAGUGACGAUUGUACUAAUGAAGAAAAUGAAAAUGGCAAAUCAGUUAUUGGAGAGUGGACUCAAGAAGAUGAAAAUGAGGAACCUGAAGAAUUAACCACAACCUCUUAUAACACUAUUAACUUACACAAAAAUCAUCCAGCCGAACACCAAGAAUCGAAGAUUGAACUUAGAUAUCUUUUUACCUGCACUUUAUCACAACCGUCAUUCGUUCAUACCCUUCAGCAAGAUGUUGAA